GCAACCCCAGUAAAAAGUUCGGUCUUCUCGCUCGAACUCGGAUCGGAGCAAAGUUUUCGCCACUUCCACGGCGAGUCAGAGGAUGAGCGGCGUUGGCGUCGGCCGCCAAGCGGAAGCCUUGAGGCUGUUCGAUGCCCACUGCCACCUCCAAGAUCGAAGAAUCGCGGCCGUUGCUCCUCAUCUCAUCCGUACAGCCCUAGACUGCGGCGUCCAGCGUUUUGCCGUCAAUGGCGUCUCCGAGGCGGACUGGCACAUCGUCAAGCAGAUGGGGGACGAGUACCCUAGCAUAAUUCCCUGCUUUGGCCUUCACCCCUGGUUUGUUGCAGAGAGAUCCCCAUAUUGGUUCAGGUCAUUGAGAGAAUUCCUCAGCGCCACGCCAGCAGCUUCCGUGGGUGAGAUUGGCCUAGAUAAAGGUUCACAUGGAAGACAAAUUGAUUUUGCACAACAGGUUGAUGUUUUUAGCCAGCAACUUCAACUUGCCAAAGAUUUAAAGAAACCAGUUUCCGUUCAUUGUGUGCGUGCUUUUGGAGACCUUUUGGAAAUCAUGUUACGCACUGGCCCUUUCCCUGAUGGUGUUAUUUUGCACUCAUAUAUGGGAUCUGCAGAAUCAGUUUCUGGGUUUGCAAAGUUGGGUUCAUAUUUUUCGUUUUCUGGAUUCCUGACAUCCAUGAAGCCACAGAAAGCAAAGAAACUGCUACUAUCGGUACCGAAAGAUAGAAUUUUAAUUGAGACAGAUUCACCUGAUGGAUUGCCAACUGCAAACACUAGUUCGUGGAUUCCAGUAUCCGUUUUGGCUUCUAAGGGAGAGCCAAGUGACCAGCUUAGUGAUCAAGCGGGAGAAGCAACAAGAUUAUCUAAGGAAACACUGAAUCAUCCUGCUAACCUUCUCAAUGUACUGAAAUAUGUGGCAACUUUGCUUGAAAUAUCUGAAGAAGAACUAGCACAGCUUAGUUUUGAAAAUACUGUACGUUUGUUCUCUUAUCCUGGGUCCAAAAUUAGUUCUGAUGGGAGCUGAGGUUUCUUCUAUUUCAUAUCAAUGUAUGAAAUGAGGAUUGAAUGUUUUAUAGGCAAUGAUUUGAUAUCUUUAUGUGCAUGUUGUAAUUACAGCAUCUCUUCAAUUUGGUGUGGAAAAUGACUUUUAAUUUAACUAAAA